UGAUUGCGAUACAGCAAAAUUCUCGCGAUGGAGAACGGAAGCAGCUGUUUCUUUUCCUAUGUAGGAUUCCUCAAUUUUCCGAUUUUGCUGAUAAUUGGCGCUUCUACCUUGCUUUUGUUCCGGAUUUUGUAUGUUAUACAUCGAAGCAGCAAACAAUUACACAAUAGACCUCCAGGACCUCUGAGUACCUUGAUAGUUCUAGGUUCAGGUGGUCACACUGCAGAGAUGCUAAACCUGUUAGCUGUUAUGCAGAUGGAGAGAUUUAAACCUAGAUACUAUAUCGCUGCUGCCACUGAUAACAUGAGCCUUCAGAAAGCUCGUGUGAUGGAGGACACCUUGAAGAACAAGGCAGAAGCUGAGACAGUAGGCACUUCAGAUUUUAUGCAAAUUUACCGAAGUCGCGAGGUUGGCCAGUCUUACAUAACUUCAGUUGGCACAACUUUAGCUGCUUUAGCCCAUGCAUUAUGGCUAAUGAUCAAAAUCAGACCUCAAGUGAUUUUGUGCAAUGGGCCUGGGACUUGUAUACCACUAUGUGCCAUUGCUUUUGUUUUCAAGGUUUUGGGGAUCAGGUGGUCGUCCAUUUUCUAUGUUGAGAGUAUUGCUAGAGUCAGAAGGUUAUCUUUGAGCGGGUUACUCCUUUACAAACUACGGAUGGCUGAUCAAAUAUUUGUGCAGUGGCCACAGCUGAAGAGCAAAUACCCUCGAGCUAAUUAUGUUGGUCGUCUCAUGUAACACGACUCUUGUUCUUGCUCCUUUUAGGUUUCCGGCGGCGGAUCCACAUGUCCAUUUUGGGUGGGAUGAUGAUGAACAAGAAAAUGGUGAUAAACAUAAGACAGCGAACCCCACAGAGCCAACAACAAAGCCACAACCUUGACACCACUCAUCUCAUCCUUGAAAACCACGACCGCAACAACCGGCACGACGCCCACACCCACAGCGCUCACCACAUUCCCGAACACAGCCGAGAUCUUGAUAAUCAAAGCCACCAUCCCCACCCCAAACACCUGCCACGCCGCCGCCGAACCCACCACCACCGCCGCGUACCCCGCCUUCCCCAUUUCAAACCCCUCAACCUCCCCCUUCAGCUGCCACCACUCCCCGCUCCCGAAAAGCCCCAACACGAGCACCAAACUCGCCACCAUCGACUCGUAGAAAAUCACGUCCAUGAUCUCCUUCACCGUCUGCCGCCUCAACACCUUCCCGUACGCCAGCUGCUCGGCUGACUGCACCAGUGCGUACGCUGCCGCGCCGCCCAGCGUGCACGCGAACCCCGCCACGUACUUACCUCCGGGCGCCGCCAAGGCCGCGCCCGGCUGCAGGGCGAGGAGGACCGAGGAGAGUGUGAGGAGGAACACGGAAUUGAUAGCUGUGGGGCUGAGU